AUGCAAAGCCACGGAGACCUCAACAACUCUCAUGCUGCACGAGCGCGGGUCGACUUCGCCCCGGAUCCUGCUUUUAGUGGUCGGUCGUUUGCCAUUUCCAAAGAUGCCGACGAACCGGAUAUUCGUCGGCGCUACCGCCCGUUCUUGCUGGACGAGGCAGACGAGAGCAGCGACUGGGUUGCGCAGCUAGAGUUGAGCACCGCCCUGAAAAUGGUCGAGUCCGAAAUCAUCAGCCGGGGGCAGCCUAGAUUGCGCAUACUCGUGCUCUACGGCAGCAUCAGGAACCGCUCAUUUUCCCGCCUACUAUCCUACGAGUGCUCUAGAAUCUUGUUCCGUCUUGGCUGCGAUGUCCGCGUGUACGACCCUCAGGGCCUGCCACAAAAGGAUGAUGUGCAGCACACGCAUCCCAAAGUACAGGAACUCCGAGAGCUCAGCAAGUGGAGCGACGGCCACGUCUGGAUUAGCCCCGAGCAGCACGGAAAUCUGACUGGAAUUUUCAAGCAGCAGAUCGAUUGGAUUCCACUAUCGUCUGGCUCGGUGCGCCCGACGCAGGGCCGGACCCUGGCGAUCGCCCAGGUCAGCGGAGGAUCGCAGUCCUUCAACGCUGUCAACUCUCUGCGGAUCCUGGGCCGCUGGAUGCGAAUGUUUGCCAUUCCGAAUCAGAGCUCUGUCCCAAAGGCUUACACCCAGUUUACCUCGGAAGCCGAGGGCAGCCGCAUGAUACCCAGCUCCAACCGCGACCGCAUCGUCGACUGCAUGGAAGAGUUGGUCAAAUACACCCUCGUGGUGCGCCCGCAUUUCGACCUGUUCGGUGAUCGCUUCAGCGAGCGUGAGGAGCGAAGAGUAAAGCUCGAGGCAGAGCGGAACGCUGCUCAUACAUAG